AAAUCAGUUCAUCUCAUUUUUUAAAAAAAACAAACAAACAAACAGAGAGCAAGGCUCUCUCUCUCAGGCCUGUAAUCCGGCCAUGGUCUCUGCCUUAGUGCCACCGUACACGGUGGCCGGUGUCGCGAAAUGGCCUGCAUGCCCCUUUCGCACGGUGUCCUUGAGAUCCCAGAUCUCUCAACCCACGAAAACAACAAAGAAAAGAGGGGAACUCUCAGCCCCUCUUGGAUCCGAAACGGCGACGGAGGAGAAGCCCUCCGACGGCGCAGCCACGUUCGUCCUCGUGAGUCAGAAACGCGGAGAGGACGUGACGGUGGGCUGGUGCGAGCAGAGAGUAGGUACGACAGUAGCGUACGACGCGCAUGGGAGCGGGACAGAGAAGCGGCGCUGGAAAGGCAAGGAACCCUAGGGUUCCAUGAUUUUUUUAAUUUUUGGGCCCAAUUGGGCCGUUGUUUUUGGGUUUUGGGCCAGGGUUAUUUCGGGCUUUAAUUUUUGUAUUUGGGCUGGACAAAUAUUGGGCUGUACAAUUUUUAUCCAACAAUUUGCUAUGUUACGAUUUGUAUUUAUGUCAUUAAAA